UCACACUUCAUUCACGACUUAUGGAGAGACGCGCUGGGAAGAUCUGCGUUAAUCCAGCAGCUCUAACGCGCACAGUCGCAUAAAACAACACACACACACACACACACCCAGAGGCGACUUUCUUUCUCUCCCCCACGAACACACACACACACACAUUGGUGGAAUAGUGGACAUGCAAGGACGGGACGGAUAAUAAGACUGGAUCCAUCGCUUCACCUUCACCUUUUGGAUAACCUGGAAAUUUGAACGCGCCUUUUGCGCACGGGACGAGCGGCGACGCGCACAGGAAUAUAUUCCCUUUUUCUUUUUUUUUCCUUCUUCUUUUUUUCCUCCUCGUACUUUUUUUGGUGUUAAUUUAUUUGCUUAUUUAUAUAUAUUUUUUCUACCACACCAUUCUUUGGAAUAGGAGCUUGAUUUAUUUAUUUAUUUAUUUUUUGCGUGGGUCGGAAAUAUCCCUUUGCGGGGUGACCCGGCCGCCCCGACACACCGUUUUUCUGUUCUGGAGGAACAUCUCCAAGGAUGGCAGCUUGGUUCACAUUUCUGAUCGCAUGCUUCAGUGCGCUCCUAACGCAGAUAUCGGGAUCUGGUGUAUUCGAGAUCGAGCUCCACGAGUUCAAGAAUCUGAAAGGUCUGCUGGUGAGCGGUACCUCAUGCAGGCCGGAUUGCAAGACUUUUUUCCGGGUUUGUCUGAAGAACUACCAGGUGUUCGUGUCUCCUGGGGACUGCAUCUUCGGCAGCGCCGUUACCCCGGUUCUGGGCUCCAACUCAUUCAAGAUGGAGGGAGGACACCGGAGUACACCAAUACGCCUGCCCGUUAACUUUGGAUGGCCGGGAUCAUUUUCUUUGAUUAUUGAGGCCUGGUAUUCACCCACAGAGGAUCCACCUGUAGACUCAAACAACCCCAACUUACAGAUUAGUUCUUUUGCCAUCCAAAGACAGCUGGAAGUAGGGGCUGACUGGUCUCUGGAUGUCCAAAGCGCUCAGCAGACGGAGCUAAGGUAUUCUUACCGGUUCAUCUGCAAUGAAAAUUACUACGGCGACAGUUGUUCCAAAAUAUGCACGCCCAGGGACGACCAUUUUGGCCACUACACCUGCAACCCAGACGGGCAGUUAUCCUGUCUCCCCGGCUGGAAAGGGGAAUACUGCCAAGAACCGAUCUGCUUAAAAGGCUGCAGCGAAGCUAACGCCAACUGCUCCAGCCCUGGAGAAUGUGUGUGUAGAGAGGGCUGGCAGGGAACGUUCUGCACCGAGUGUAAGACACACCCCGUGUGUAAACACGGUACGUGCAUUAAGCCGGGAGAUUGUCACUGUAACGAAGGAUGGGGAGGACUCUUCUGCGAUCAAGAUCUGAACUUCUGCACCCACCACAAGCCGUGUAUCAACGGAGCCACGUGCACGAACACCGGGCAGGGCAGCUACACGUGCACGUGCAGACCAGGCUACACCGGGGUCAACUGCGAGCUGGAAGUGCGUCACUGUGACAGCAAUCCCUGCAGGAACCGAGGGCACUGCGUGGAGCUGGAUACCGGCUACAUGUGCAAGUGUCUACCAGGGUUCGAGGGGACACAAUGCGAGCACAGCCUCCUAACCUGCUCAGACAUGCCCUGCUUUCAAGGCGGGAAGUGUCACGAGAGGGACAACGGCCGCAGCUAUUUGUGCGAAUGCCCUAAAGGAUACACCGGACUCAAUUGUGAGAAGAGGGUGGACAAGUGUACGACCCUCCCGUGCGCUAAUGGUGGCGCGUGUGUGAUCCUGGCUGGCAUCCGUAUGUGCAGCUGUCGAGCAGGAUUUGCGGGUCAGCGCUGCGAGAUCAACAUCAACGACUGCUCCUCGAACCCCUGCGCCAACGGCGGAACCUGUCAUGACAGCGUCAACGACUACACCUGCUCGUGCGCUCCGGGUUUCACUGGGAGAAACUGUGAGCUCUAUGGCACCCCCUGCUCGUCGCAGAACCUUUGCCUAAACGGAGGCUCGUGCACCGACAUCCCGAAUGGCCCUCCUACGUGCCUGUGUCCCAGCGGGUUUACAGGGCCGCGAUGCGACUACUUCGCCGUCACACUCCCCGUCCACCCGAAACCCAAGUCCGGGGACGACUUCCAGUGGGCCGCCGUGUCCCUCGGCGUCGGCCUGGUAGCUCUUCUCGUGCUGGUGUGCAUGGUGGCGAUUGCGCUGCGCCACGUCCACAGGCAGGCGGCUGCCGACAGGACUCACGAUGCCAUGAACAACCGCUCGGACACGCAGAGGGACAAUUUGAUUCCCACGUCGCAGCUCAAGAACACCAACAAGAAGGUGGACCUGGAGGUGGACUGCGGGCAGGAGAAGUCGAAUUACAUCCUCAAGAAUUACCAUUUGGACUACAACUCGUCUAAGGAGUUCAAAGAAUGCCAGACGCAAGAAGAUACGAGUCACAAGUACGAAAAGUGUUGUUUAGAAGACAAAAUACCGUUAAGUAGAAUGUACAGUGAAAAGCCUGAGUGUAGGAUAUCAACGAUAUGCUCCCCGAGAGACUCCAUGUACCAGUCCGUCUUUGUAAUAGCGGAGGAAAGGAGCGAAUGCGUCAUAGCAACCGAGGUAUAAACCACGGAACAAAUCCAGGGAGGACGAAGACGGAAGAUGGUGGAAGAAAAAAAGAAACACAAUCAAAGCAGGAUUGUUUACAAA